UAUUCGUGUAGUAGCGCAUACAGUGAUAUAUACAGCGACAGCGACAGUGGGACCCUCCGUAUCCGUACUAAUACAACUACUUGUGCUCGUAGUUGAUAACUUGGUGUAGAGGUGGUUAACAUCAAAAUUAAUUUUGAGAGUGUCUGUUCAGAUGUUCGAUGUUGGAGAGAACACGCUGGAGUAAAAUUCGCGAUUCGACAGCAAUCUGCAACCUCCCGGAAACUGUCAAUAAAAUAAUACUCCAAAUCAGCUGUUUUAAUAUCAUGUGAAUGACAGUUGAUUUUUUAAAAAUAAAAUAAGUAUCGAUCAGUCAUCAUGCUCCAAAAUAACAAACAGAUUAUUGAGUACAAGUGUAAAUACAUGAUAAUUAUUAAUUAAUAAAUGGUAUUAAUGUUUGUGUUAACUGGAUAAAAAUAUGAACGGGAGUUUAAGUGGACAUCGUGGUCCCGAGCAACAUCCGACAAGAUUCGCGGAUUACUUUGUUAUUUGCGGACUUGACAAAGACUCAGGCCUUGAACCUGACAAAUAUUUUGGAGAUUCAUUGCAGAGUACACCAUUAGACCGUGCUUACAAAAGCAAAGUAUUGGGUCACUAUCCAGAUUCUGUUCCCUGGAACCCAUUUGAUGAACAUGCAGUCUGUAUGUUAUGUCUCCCCAGCGGACUGAGAUUUCGCACCCAAAAGCACUCAGUAGAGCCUUCUUUCCACUCGUUCGUCCUGACCAAGGAAGAUGGCCGGAGAACUUACGGGUUCAGCUUGGUCUUCUACGAAGAAUGCCGGAACCGAAAGAUUUGCGCUGCAAUGCAGACUCUCCAGGCUAUGUUUAUCACUGAGCUCAGCAGCGGACAAAAUGGGACUCCUCCAGCACCUCGGAAGGGCCAGGAUCCUCAUAACACCCGAUCACUGCCGAGACACUUCAAAUUGUCAGCUCACUCACCCGGGGCCGCAAUGGCCUACUACGAUUCAACAAAAGACAAAUUACUGGUAACCAAAUCGAUAUCGCUGCUGUGUCAGCAACCUUACCUCCACGCUGCUCGUACAUUCCUAACGAAUCUCUACAAAUGUGUUCCCAGACACCCCGGACCGGGUCUGAGUCUCGAGUCCUAUGUCUACAAUCUUCUGUACAACGUGCCAGUUCCAUUGCCCGGAAAAUCGCUUAAAUUUUUCGUCCCCAAUGACGAGCCGGCGAAAUCACCUCUGGAGCUGGUUAUUCUGUAUCCUUGUCCCGCCACGGAACUUCCUCUCCUCGACUAUCCCAUCAGAGACAUGUUUAUGUGGCUUGGCCCAGAGACAGUUAUUCAAUUAUUCACGUGCGUACUCCUGGAGAAUCAAGUGCUCGUUCGUAGCACCGAUUUUCAUAAACUUAUGGUAGUUGCUGAAUGCAUUACUGCCCUCCUGUUUCCCUUCUCGUGGCAACACGUCUAUGUACCUAUAUUACCGGCAAGUCUUCAUCAUUUUCUUGAUGCUCCUGUACCUUUUAUUAUGGGGCUGCAUGCUCAAAGCGAAGGGAGUAAUUUAAAAAUAGCCAGUGAGGCAAACCUUUGUUAUGUAGAUAUCGAUAAACAAACUAGUCAAUUCCCGGAAGAGUUACCAAUUUUUCCAAGAAAAAUGCAAUUCCUCGCUGAGAUUAAAACACUUUUAAAUAAGUACAAAGUACCCCAUUUUGAAAAGACUGACAAUAUGGUCAUAAAUUAUUUAAACUCAGAUAUAAUGACAAGUAGUUUAACACUUCCUGGCUCGGGUUUUCACGUUCCAAGAAGAAAACACUCUCUUCACGAUGUUCUGGAUUGGGACAAUAAAUUAGACACUAACAACUCUACAACAACAGUAGCACAGUCUGACGCAUUGCAGAGGAUUGUUGACAUUGUUAAAAAAACAGGCAUAAGCCUGGAUGAUAUUGACGCUGUUGAAAAUAUGACCAAAGAUGAAGUAAUACUCACUCCUAAAGAAGAAUACCAACAGACAUUAAUUUUUAAUAACGCGAUCAGAGAAAUUUUUUUCAACCGCUUUGUACAAUUAUUCGCCGGCUAUGAUCAUUUUGUCAUCCAUCCAAGUCAAGAUAAAGAUGAAUGGCUCAAUAAUCGAGAUAGUAUGCAUGUAUUUGACAAAGCGACAUUUUUAUCAGAUCAACCAGCCCAACAUUUACCUUUUCUAUCUCGAUUUAUCGAGACUCAGAUGUUUGCGUCCCUCGUUGAUACAAAAGUUAUGUCAUCUUGGAAUGAAUUAGACUCUAAUAUUAAAGUUUUUGACCAAAGAAUUGCACAAAUAAAAAAAAAAGGAGGAGAUGGAAUGAUUCGUUCGACGCGUUAUCAAGUAUCCAAUAACAUUCCAGAGACAGAAAAGUCACUGAUAAAUAAAUUAACCAACAUCGACUUUGAAGCAAGUCCUCCAACAGAGAUACUCCCUCACAGGGCUGCUUAUUUCAGAAGUUUUCCACUCCUUGACACUGUAGCGCUCAACAAAGAACCGGUUCAAAGUAUACUGCGUAGCAGAAAAGGCCAAACUCAGUGGAAGUACAAGAUGAAAUCUCUGGAGGCGAAUGGAAAACCACCAACGCCUCAAGAAACUCAGUCGCCGCGACCUCAGACAAAAUUAUCAGCUGAUAUGAGUCCUGCUUUAAUUGCCCAGGCCAAUUGGACAUUUGUAGAAAAAUUGCUGAAGGAUUGCAAGUCUAAAACAAAACGAAUGCUGGUAGAAAAAAUGGGCUCGGAAGCAGUAGCUCUUGGUCACGGAACCGAAUCUCUGGUAGAUGUUGAAGAAAACACCUUGGUAGCAAGUUUGUGUGAUUUAUUAGAGCGAGUUUGGAGCCACGGUCUCCAGAACAAACAAGGCAAAAGCGCUCUUUGGUCUCACCUGUCCAUGUAUCAAGAGUUGGAAGAGUGUAAUGACUCUGCUAAGUCUAUCGAUCCGAACUUUUUGUCACCCGACCAGAAACCAUCGAAUAAAUCUUUCACAUUAAAGGACCGUCUGUUGUCAUCGAUAAAAACGAGAAAUAUAUAUGAGAUAGCUUCUUAUAUCAAGGAAAAUUUUAAUGAUUUAUCGAACCUGGCGCUGGAAACAGAUGUAUCGCCGACCAGGGGAACCGCUGAUAGGAAUAGAUCCACCGGGGAGCGAAAAUCAAUUGGGCCUGAACAUCUGAGGCCUCUUCCAGACUCGUUGACAUUUGAUAUUAGGAAUGUGCAAGCUAUGACGGAGAUAAAAACUCAUAUUGGGUAUGCCAGAGCGUGGGUCCGGCUUGCUUUGGAAAAAAAACUUCUUUCUCGUCAUUUGAAAGUGCUGCUGUCUAAUACUACUUUAUUGAGGAAUCAAUACAAAAGAUCAGCAUUUCUCCGAUGCGAAGAAGAAAAGGAACAAUUCUUGUACCACUUACUAACCCUCAAUGCCGUAGAUUAUUUUUGUUUCACAAACAACUACCCGACAACAAAAUUACCCUACCGAGUGAUAAUCUUUCCAAGUAGAAAAGCGAGCGCAGCUACAACAUCCGCCAACGGAUGGAUAGUAAUCUCAGGAACUCUCUGCGAAACAAACCCCGUGGGAAUACCAAAAGGCACCCUGGAGUUUGUAUUCCACCACAAAAACCUCGGAGUGCUGUCCACGUUACGAAUCGGGCAUGACAACUCCGGAUUAUCUCCCAAAUGGAUGGUCGAGCACGUGGUUGUGAGGAAUGAGGUGACCGGACACACAUUUAAAUUCCCCUGUGGCCGCUGGCUCGGCCGAGGAAUUGACGACGGCUCUACCGAGCGCUUACUUGUGGGCGCUUUGGUCCCCAGAAGUAUUGACAGCGACGAGCUCGUGGAAACUUGCUCGACACCUCCGCGGUGCAGGUCGCCGAGUAUUCCGCGAAACAGACCUAGUUUAUCAGCUGACGUGCUGCAGCACGUGCUCGGGGAGGCUGUCAAUGCAAUCGUUAAGUUCCACUACCGGCGAGAUCCUCAAGAUGGAUCACUCACGGCUCUGCUGUGUGGCGAGGGUGGACUUGUUCCUUCUCUGGAACAAACUUUUCUCUAUGGGUUUAAAAAUCAGCGGAUUUUUGGAAGGAAUUUUUAUGUUUGGGAUUAUUUUUUGAGGGUUAAGGAAAAUUUUGAGAUGUCACUUUUGGAGGAGAUGGACGAGUACUCGAAGAGACUCAAUAGAGACAGAAGGCUUCAUGCGGAAAAUAAUCAGAGGUUUACUAUCUUUCGAUGCUACUGUCAUCUUAUUGAUCAGAUCAAUACUUUUAGUCACACUCUGGGGAAAGAUGGGAAAUUUCAAUUGUUUAUAUGUUUAGCUGCAAGAGAACAACUUCUUCAUCCAAUGUUACGUCCAAUGAGUGAUGCCCGAUCAACAGCGGAAAUGUACGAAGAAACUUCAUUUUUACGAAAUCCAACAUUACUAAAUUUCCUAAUCCACAUCUUGGAGCCAUUAAGCGAGUUUCACAUUGUCCUUGAAAAGAGUCUAACCCACGGAAUUUCAAGUAUAUGCUAAGUUUAUCAAGUCCAGGUAUAAUAAUUAAACUAAUCGUUACCUGAGGAAGCCAAAGUUUCUUCAUUAAAAAAUACAAAGAUAUUUAUAUAAGAAGUGUCUAUUCACACGUAAUAAAAUCCUUUAAAAUUAAAAUCUUCAUGAAUAAGAGUGGAGAAUAAAAGUUGUUAAUGAUAUUGAUAUAUAAUUAAAUUAAAAGGCAAUUUAACUAUAUGUAGAAGAAGUGAUCGCGUUGACUAAAGACUGUCCAGCGUAAUUAGUAGAAAUUGGUAGCGAACGUUUUAUUUAUUAUUAAAAAAUAAAUAAUAAUAAAAAUCGCGUUUUGAAAUUAUAUUUAUAAUUAUAUAGUACAUAACAGCUAUGUCAAUAGAAAAUCUUGUCUUGGAUCCAACCAAAGAUAUUAUAGUAAUUUUUUUCAAUUAAUUAAUGUGAUUUUAUGAAAUUUUAACAUGACAUUUUUAAUAA